CAUUAGGACCGGUUUCGACGUCCGCGUGUCUCAUCAGCAGUGCCGAGCUGCCGCCGGGUGACACUGCCAGUGACCACGGUGGUGGGCCUUGGGAGAAGGGAGGGCGGGUAAAUAAUAAAAUAACUCUUUUACAGAGGAAGAAGAAAAAAAAACCUAAAAUAAAAUUAUUAAUAAACAUAGAGAGAGAGACAAACCUUUCUCUCUCUCACUCACUGCAGCAGACACACAAACACCCCCCCACCCCCCCAGAGUGAUAAAGUGUUCCACGGCGGAUAACACUUCACUACCAUCGGGCAUUGUAUCAUCAUCAUCAACAUCAUCAGCAUCAACAACAACAUCAUCAUCAGCAUCAACAGCGGCAGCAGCGGCGGCUGCAACCGACAUGCCGAGACGAAAAUCAUCAGCAAAGGAUGAUGACGACGAUGAUGAAGAUGAUGAUGCUUUGGAAGAAGAGGAUGAUGACGGCGGUGAUGAUGAUGGUGGUGAUGGUGAAGACGACGAUGUUGAUGAUGGUGACGAUUCGAUCGUCCGCCGGGGUGUGAAGCGAGCCCGGCGAGACGAUGGACGAGCGAGCGGCAGCGGCAUCAUCAUCGUCACCUCGUCAUCAUCGUCACCGACACCACAGCUACCAUCAUCAUCACCACCACCCGCACCACCAUCGUCGUCGUCAUCAUCAUCAUCACCAUCGACAUCAUCGGCAGCAGCGGCGGCGGCGGCGCGGACGCCAGCGAACGUCGUCAUCGGCAGCAGUCUCGACGGUGCAAAGUUCAGGGGGCAGCUGCUGAUAUGCGGAGCCACCAACUGGGAUCUGGUUGGGCGGCGGGAAGUGCCUAAGCAACAAGCUGCAUUCCGGAAUUUGGGCCAGAACCUGUGGGCCCCUCACCGCUACGGAAGUCUCCGUGACAUUGCUGUGAGCCGUGUCAUCACGGGCCCGUGUGCAGCUCACAGCCUCCUCAUCUCCACACGAGGGCUCGUGUACAGUUGGGGGCGGGGAGAGAAAGGGCAGCUGGGUCACGGAGACACAUGUCGUGUGGACGUCCCUCGAAUCAUCGACACGCUCAAGGAGUGCGUGAUCGUGGACGGGGCUUGUGGGAGGAGUCACACGCUGUGUCUCACAGACACGGGGACCGUGUAUGCGUUUGGAGAAAACCGUCUUGGGCAGCUGGGUCUGGGAAACCAAACGGAUGCCGUGCCAAGCCCAACGCAGAUAGUCUACAGCGGGAGGCAGGUUGUGAAGGUGGCUUGCGGUGCGGAGUUUAGCGUCUUCAUCGACUGCGACGGGAAUCUCUUCUCCUUCGGCUGCCCAGAGUAUGGACAGCUCGGCCACAACACAGAUGGGCGCUACAUCGUGCGGGCGCAGAGGAUAGAGUUUGUGUGCGAGCUCGCUCCGCGUCGACUGGCGAGAUUCAUCGAGAAAACGCGCGAUGGGCAGGUGCUCACUGUACGGGGCGUGGUGGUACGAGACGUGGCAUGUGGGGCCAACCAUACGAUCGCGCUGGACACGCGGGGCCGCGUGUUCACGUGGGGUUUCGGAGGCUACGGCCGCCUGGGCCACGCCGAGCAGAAGGACGAGCUGCUCCCGCGCCUCGUCAAACUGCUCGACCGGCCGGCGCCCGCGGUCAACUCGGUGCGCGCCGGCUACUCCUGCACCUUCGCCAUCAACGUCGUGGGAACGCUUUACUUCUGGGGCUCCACCAACACGUCACGUGACCCGACCAUGUACCCCAAGGCCGUCCACGACCUGUGUGGCACCCACGUGCGCAGCCUCGCAUGCGGUAAAAGCAGCAUCCUCAUCACGUCAGAUGAAAGCACCAUGAGCUGGGGCCCAUGGCCAACGUACGGAGAAUUGGGCUACGGCGAGGGAAAGCAACGCUCCUCCUCCAUGCCCCAGGAGCUCAAGAAGCUCAGUGGCAUCCACAUUCACGAGGUGGCGAUGGGAUUUGCGCACUCCCUACUCUUGGCGCGGGACGACUCGGAGGAAGACAAAGCUCUUGUCCGUCAGAUCCCAGAGUACUGCCCCCGUGCGCUGUGAUUAAGUCUGCCACUAGCACGCCGGUGUUACUGUCGUGGAAAAAAAUAUUUACUUUUGAAAAGAUGUCCCGACUGUUGAGGUGGCCGGGUGGCUCAGCGGUGCAGAGCGCUGAGCCGACACCGCUGACAAUCCUCUGGGUACAGAAUCCACGUGACAGCUGCCUGUGAUUUAGCCGGGUUCUCAGGUGCGGUGAGUUUGGUGGUCUCAGUCCCGGUCACCAACGAGUGCAGACACGCACACACAAAAAAACAUCGCCGUGAAAAUGAGCUUUGACACUCCAUUGAGCUUAUUUACAGCUCUGAGAAUGAAAAUAUCGGUUUGGCUCGCUUGUGACAAACAUUGCCCUCACAUGGCAGAGUGGGUGGGAAAUUGCUGUCCCAUCCACUGUGUGGACCAGAGGUCACUGAAGGAAUCUCAGAGGUAGCUCGGUGAUAUCUGCUUCCGUGGGCUGUUUUUAAACACGAAUGGAUGCACUGCUCUGCGUCUCAUUGACGCGACGCAGAUAGCGCAACCGGGGAUAAAAUUGAAAGUGAUCUCACUGCUUGCCACUUCGAGGUCAAGAAGCUGUCAUAGGCAGUGGCCCACCUAUGCCAUCACACACUAAUCUGUCACUUCCUUUUCACAGUUGCCACAGCUGCUGCACAGCUGCUGCACAGGUGAUACACCAUCUGGAAGGUCUGCUUCUAUAGUACCACCACCUGGCUUUAUGUCUCCCACCCGUCACAACGUCGAUGUGUCCUUCGAGGGCCACUGUUAAAGUCUCGUGUACAGCCCAUUUGUCGCUCCACUGCUGGACCGAGGCCUCCCUGCAUUUCACUUGGACUUCUUUCUGUUGGCCAUAGUGUAGCCCCGCUACCCCCCCCCCCCCCAACUCUGAGGACAUUUACAUCGGUCGGUGGGGCGCUGUGUCUGUCUUUCGGCUUUCAUGAGCGUUGGGAUAAAGCAGGUGGUGGUGGGGGUGGGGGGAGGAGUCAAUUGUCGUCAGGGCCUAAGUGGGCUUUCACGCGGUGUUGAUUACGGCCCGGAAUAAGUGAUGCAACAAAAUAUAUCCGUCGAUGGAGCGACGGUGUUUUUUUUUGUUUAAUGAUUGUAGUCGACGAUGACUGCCGGUGAGCAGACGAGAAUCAUCGUGCGUGACGACGGCAGCGAGGCCAAAGUGGCAGACCGAGCGUCGUGACGGGACGGGACUUGCGGAGUCCGCGUUAACGCGUGAACGCGUGAACGCGUAAGCGGGCCGAGAUGGUUUAGUAGCGUCGCCCUAGAUGAGAGACUCCAGUGCACUGAUAAGACCAAACUCUCUAUACGUGACCGUACGGUAUAGACGAACGUUCAUUGAGUUAUUCGAUUGGCUGAACUGAUGAUUUUAAUGGGAGGGCUGGAAUUGCUCGCCCCUUACCCCCAUAUUCAAUAACGAAGGGUGUUUGACUGAAUGGUUUGAUGAGUUGACUAGACCCAGAGAAUGACAGGAAACUCACAAUCUUAAGACUUUCUCUAAAACUCCAAAAGGCUACCUUUGAUUAGUCCAAGACAAUGACCAAAAUGACAUGUUUAAAAACAAGUUAACACUGUUAACACAGUGGAUUGACAAAAGCGGCUGUACAUUCAUAAUAAACAAAUAUGUAAACAAACAAAAAGAUCUAAUUGUGUUGUGCUUUAAUGACCCUGUACUGGGUGGCUUGAAAGUCAGGACACACGGGGUUAUAUUAUGUUUUGGUAAACAAAUCACAUAGGGUUAUUUAACUUUUUAAACAAAUGUUUAAACAGACUUAUAUUAACAUGAAUGCGUACAUGAAUUGUCUUUUGAAAUUAAUCUCGGACUUGUUCAAAGACUACUGGUGUCAUCUUUGAACAUUCAUCAAUGGUGUUUUCGUCUCCAUUCAGGGUUCGUGAUCGAGUUUUGUAUGCAACGUAUAUGAGGUGUCCCCCACAGGAAGAAUAAAAAAUAUAUUUAUUAUCAUAGCUAAAAACGUUAACUUUAACGAUAAACAAUGAAAACGUUUUAAUGCCAGUGUUGAAAUAAGUUAAACAACCCUGUGUCCUGACUUUUGGGCCACCCCUGUACAUGAAUUACUGACGCAAAUUCAAGAGGGUUACUGCCACGUGGACCUUUGGCGGUUGAGCCGGAGAAUGCUCUCGCGACGCCUUUUCCCGGUGCCGCACCGUGCGUUGUUCGGCACGAGGAAGAAGUUCCCCUGCCUGGCGUGUGGAACGGAACGUCGGACAUCGCGCCGUGCAGGGCGCAAGCGUGAAAACGCCCCUCCCCGCCACACGGCAGAGGGAAGCUGAACCGUAGGGAUUGCUGCGGCCAAUAAUACCAUCGAUGCCGCUGUGCUUUUGCCAUGUUUGUUUUAAAAGUCUUCGGCCGUAUCCCUACAGUUUGAUUUGAGCCCCCCCCCCCCCUUGCAAAAGGGGGGGGGCCUCGGUGGGUAUAGUCGCAGUGUCAAGUCAAAAUCCAAAGCUACGGUGCCUGCAAAUAAACCGCGAGGCGACUUGGUGA